GUAGGCGGGCUUGCAUAUUGUUUCACUUCUGUGCCACCACACAUAGCUGAAAUUCGACAAGUCAUUAAUGCCAACCUCUGGGUUUCUCGGCCUAUUUCCGUGAGCUGGCGUCCGUUUCGCGUCGCAUUAUUUAGUUUGUCACGUCCUCCCACGCUUUAAUCUCCCAAUCUCCCAAACCUUCCCAUCACUUUCCGACUCGAUCAAUCACGAUGGGUACAAGAGGGCUUCUGGGCGUCGUCAUAGACGGCCAGCGCUAUGCAACCUACAACCAUUUCGACUCCUACCCCGAAGGACUAGGAAAAGGGAUCAUGGAAUUCCUUUUGAGUCUCGAGCCCAAGGACUGGGCAAAGAUGGCAGAAAUGGUCAGAGAAAUUGAGUGGGUUGACGAAGACUCCAAGGCUCCCUUGGAGCUGCAGGAGAAAUACAUCAACUUGGACUUCGCUGAUGAGACGCUGAAUGAUGGAAGUGAUGGAAGGAGCGACUGGUAUUGGAUGCUUCGAAAAAUGCAAGGAAGUAAUGCUCUUCCUGAAAUCUUGAGCGGCAAUCUUAAGCAUAUGAUCCAGAAUGUCAAAUUCCUCAAAGAUGGACUCUUUUGCGAGUGGGCCUAUUUUGUUGAUUUCGAGAAGAAAACCAUUGAAAUCUGGGCUCAUGGUCAAUUCUUGGAGAAGAUAUCGCUGGAAGGCGUGAAUGAAGAGGGUUUGGAACAGUGUUUGGAAAGGAUGGAAGAAUUGGGUGAAGAUUCGUAUGACAAGUACCAGCAGAAGACGAGAUGAAUAUUGAAGCAAAGAAUGUUGUCGGGGCAGCCAUGAAUAGAAGAGUGCAGGUACAGGAAAUCAUUUGAAUGGAAUCAUGAGGAAGGUGAUGAGCGGUCAGUGAAGUCACCGCGUUCUCGCAAUGGGCCAGUUAUUGCACGGUGAAUUAAGAGCACCAGAAGACGAUUUCGUUACGAACUCCUUCUCGCAACACGCCUCUAAACUCAUUGCCCUUAUCAAUGAGUAUGGAACCACAAUAUCCAUCGCCGCCAAUUUUCUGCUUCUCACAAACUAGCCUCAUCGAUCUCUAAAAGCCUCAAAAUUUA